AUGCAAAUCUUUUAUCUCGCGGUCGCAUUCAUCCUAGCGGCUACCGCCAUCGAAUCAGCCGUCGUUGAAAGCUCUGAAUUCAAAUGUUGUCUCGCUCUCCUGAAAGACGAUGUACUUUCUGGAAAGGUUUUGACUCCGUGCAAUGAGGAUUUCCACCAUCGCUUGGAGUCGUACUACUCCGCCAAUGCGGCUGAGCCACCUCGCUGCAUGGUGUUGCCUCAGACCGCUGAAGACGUCGCCAGGACCAUCCAGAUCAUAUCUGCUCGACGCUGUCCCUUUGGAAUGAGAAGUGGGGCUCACUCGGCGUUUAGCGGUUCAAAUGGGCUCAGGGGUGGCAUCACAGUCGAUUUGGGCCACAUGAACUCGACCGAAUAUGACCCGAGCACCGGCAUCGCUUCCGUCCUUCCAGGCUCGAACUGGGGCAAUGUAUACUCCGCUCUGGAUCCGUUCGGUGUCACGGCUGUUGGAGGACGAGCUUCUGUCGUCGGGGUUGGAGGUUUUACUACGGGCGGUGGGGUAUGUGUCCUCUGCCCCUCUGCGUGCAAGACCGUCGCGGACCGAGCAAAGACCAGUUCUCCCCAACAGAAGAAGACUGACUCUCGACAGUACUCUUUCCACAGCAACAGGAGAGGAUUCGCCUGCGACAAUGUUGUCAACUUCGAGGUUGUUCUCGCCAAUGGUUCCAUUGUCGACGCCAACGCGUACGAGAACUCUGGUCUCUGGAGAGCUCUCAAGGGGGGCUCGGGAAACUUUGGUUUCGUCACACGGGUUGACGUCGAGGUCGUCCGUUCGACCCAGAUAUGGGGCGGGAUCACAACAUACGACCUGAGCAAGACAGGCGACGUGGUCGACGCUUACGUGAAUUUCGUCAACAACAUGGAAGAAGACCCGGCCAGCCAGGCCAUCGUGACUCUGCUGUAUGGCCAGCAGGGGUUGAGUCUCGUCGCAGUAUUAACAAACAGUGACGCGACAAGUACCGCGCCCGCCUUCCGAGAAUUUGCCAGCAUUGCCAACGUCUCAAGCACAGCUCGUGUCGGAUCUGUCGCAGAGAUGGUUCCUGAGUUCACUGGACCAACUCCCCUAGGACUCUACGCCAAUUGGAGGACAGGCAUGACCUCGCACAGCGCCGCUGUUAUGGAUUUUGUUCUUCGUACCGUGCCUGAAUACACGGAGAGAAUGCAACUCGCAGCUCCAGCCUCCAACUUCGAGCUUCUCACUCAAUUCCAGCCUGUGACCAAGUCGAUGGUGACCCAUGGCGACGAACGAGGUGGCAACGUCCUCGGCCUUGGGAGGGUGGUCGCAGACGGUCCGGCUCUCAUGUGGCUCCUAGCACUCACGGUGGAUACCGCAGAGAACCAGAAUUUGAUCUUUCCUCUCUUACUCAAACUUGAGCGUGUCAUCAACAAGUUUGCUGAUGAUGAGAAACUCCAAAAGGACUGGGAGUUUUUGAACUACAGCGGUCUCGAUCAGAAACCACUCCUGCACUAUGGCGAGGACAUAGUCCACUUUCUGAGGAACGUUUCGUUGGAAUACGACCGAAACCGAGUUUUCCAGGACCUGCGGAAGACGGGCUUCCGGAUUCCCAUCUAA